AUGGCAGCCAAGGAAAUCGACGUCGACGUGCUCGUCAUCGGAGCCGGACCAACUGGUCUUGGAGCAGCCAAGCGUCUUCAGCACCUGAACAGUGUCGAGUGGCUCAUUGUUGACUCCAACGAGACACCUGGUGGUCUUGCGUCAACCGACACAACCCCCGAGGGCUUUCUCUUCGACGUUGGCGGGCAUGUCAUCUUCUCCCACUACAAGUACUUCGACGAUGUCAUCAAUGAGGCUCUUCCCAAACCUGAUGAUUGGUACGAGCAUCAACGUAUCUCAUAUGUCCGCUAUCAGGGUCUUUGGGUCCCAUACCCUUUCCAGAACAACAUCGCCGUCCUUCCCAAGGAAGAGCAGGCUCGUUGUCUUAGCGAUCUCAUUGAAGCAGUCAUUCAAGCCCGCGCACGUUCACCAUCAGACAAACCCGCCAACUUUGAUGAGUGGAAUAUUCGCAAUGUCGGCGAGAGGUUGAAUGAGAUUUUUAUGCGUCCUUAUAACUUUAAGGUCUGGGCUGUUCCUACAACCAAGAUGAACUCUACUUGGGUUGGGGAACGUGUCGCGGCCCCUAACGUUAAGCUCGUGACCACCAACGCAAUUCUGGGUAAGGCAGCUGGCGGAUGGGGUCCGAAUGCAACAUUCCGCUUCCCUGCCCGUGGUGGUACUGGAGGGAUCUGGACUGCUGUUGCUGAUACUCUUGAUCAAAGCAAGACUCGUUUUGGAGACCAUGGAGCAGUUACAAAAGUUGACGCUGAUGCUAAGACGGUCUUUCUGAAAGAUGGAACCACAGUCAAAUACGGGGCGCUCAUCUCUACCAUGGCUGUCGAUCAGCUCGCAGAGACUAUUGGUGAUGAAAAACUUCAAAAGUCACUGAAGCCACUUUACUACUCCUCCACCAACGUGAUUGGCGUUGGACUCCGUGGAAAGCGGCCCGAGCGUAUCGGUGAUAAAUGCUGGCUCUAUUUCCUGGAAGACAAUGCCCCGUUCUACCGAGCUACCAUCUUCUCCAACUACUCGCCCUACAACCAACCCAGCGAAGACGUAAAGCUUGCUACCAAACAGCUCGCCAAUGGCGACAAGCCUGCUUCGUCAGAACCUGCUUCUGGUCCAUACUGGUCAAUCAUGCUUGAAGUUUCCGAGUCCUCCUACAAGCCUGUGAACCAGGCAACUCUGCUCGAGGAGAGUAUUAAGGGUCUGAUCAACACCGAUCUACUCAGACCCGAGGAUGAAAUUGUCAGCACGUAUGUUCGCCGCUUCGAUCACGGGUAUCCAACCCCCACUCUUGAACGCGACGCUGCUCUGUCCGAGGCCUUGCCUUAUUUAUAUGAUAAGGAUAUUCUGUCUCGUGGUCGCUUUGGAGCCUGGAAGUAUGAGGUUGGCAAUCAGGAUCAUAGUUUCAUGCAAGGUGUCGAAGCAGUUGAUAAUAUUAUCUCUGGUGGUCUGGAAUUGACGCUGUCGAACCCCGAUUUUGUCAACUCUCGGAAGAAUACUGAGUGUCGUCUAGCUGGUAUCAAGGGUGCUCGGAAGUAG